AUGUCUUAUCAGACUCUAACAACCGAGGCGCAGGCCGCUACAAUUCCUCUGCGACAUCCUGAUUCUAUCAUCGAUCGACCACCUCCGGUUCCCGCAACAGAUCCCCAAUUGAUCGCCGACGAGAGCCACUCCGCGCCGAAACCCGCCGAUCAUGACCUUUUCCAGAUGGCACCAUCAGAAGCUCUGGCUAUGUUAAUUGCUGGCGUCGAAGUUCUUGUUAGAAUAACUGGCGAUGUUCCUCCGACACCACCUCCAAAGUCUCCCACCGUACCGCACAUGAGUGGUAUGCAGGCCGAGAAGGAGAAUAUCGUGCGGUCAUACUCGGACCGGAGUUUGACAAGACUACGGAAACAGGCUGAACUGGAGGCCAAGAGAUUGGCUGCCAAAGAAGCCAAGCCUGAAUUCAAAGAGCCCGAAGAUAUUGAUGGUGUACGGUUGAAGCCUCACCCAGGCCUGAUGUCGCCUCCGCCUCAAUCAGAGCCAUACGUUGUCGUUGGAGCCGAUUCCCAACCGGUAAACCUACAACACAGCGCCAUCACGCGCAAAUUCUACAGCAAGAAUGAGCCUCCUAUUACGAUCAACCAGUAUCUUCAACGACUACACCAAUUCUGCCCAAUGAGCACUGCAGUGUACCUCGCGACAUCUCUGUACAUACACCGAUUAGCCGUCGAGGAGCGAGCCAUUCCCGUUACCCGACGCAACGCCCAUCGUUUGGUUCUGGCCGGUCUGCGAGUAGCAAUGAAAGCUCUUGAAGAUUUGUCUUAUCCUCAUGCCAAGAUGGCAAAGGUUGGUGGCGUCAGCGAAGCAGAAUUGGCUAGACUAGAGAUAAGCUUCUGUUUCCUCGUUGGUUUCGAGCUAGUUGUUGGUGAAAGCCGACUACAGAAACACUACGAGCUACUCAAAGACAAGACAUCCCGGUAUCGUUUUGACAAUAUGGAUGUUCCCAUAUUAACUCUCAAGCCGCGACCGCGCGGUGCGGUUCAGCCAGCAGCGUAG